AUGAAGUUCAUAGUCGGAACAAAACGAGCAAAAACAGCCCCGAUACCAACAGCAACGGAACUUGAAUUUUAUUUGGACAAACUGGCUGGACAGAUUAAAACUCAUAAUUAUUUCAAUCGAUCAUUCGGUCCCUUCUCAGUAACAUUUGAUGUCGUUCGUGGUCCCACCACUGUAUAUUUGGCGUAUUCUAUUCACAGUUUUGAGACGCGUUUGUGCAGAAGUAAUCGCGUAUUCCUUCAUAGAGUUGUCAUGAACACUGCGGACACUGAUACAGUAUUAGGAUUGAUUCGACGAACAAUUUGCAAUAGCACUUACAAGCAGCUCAAUUUUCGCAACGUUGUUAUACGAGAACCACAAUUCAUGAAUGAGUUUUGCCGUGACAAACCAGAACUGAAACCGUUCAUUUGCUUCUCUGCAUAUAUAAAGCAAUUUGCUGAUAGUAUUUUCACGCACGAUUUCUUCAAAUGGCCAUUCAUGAAAUUUCGCAACAUAGUUAAAGGUGCCAUGAAAAAUAAAUAUCACGGUGAAAUCGUGGAGAAAUCGAUGAAGAAGUUCGAAUUCUUUUUGGACAUUCCAAGCCUGUUCGACAAAUCGUGGAAAGAAAACGCAAUUAUUGUCGAUUUUUUUGUUAAACAUUUCGGCCUUUUCACAUCACUUAAUGAAAGGUUCGAAUUGAAUGAAGCGAUUACCAACGAGGAUAUGUGUUAUAUUGAAUAUCUCCAACGGUUGUACAUGUUACUGAGAGAAAUUGAACAUGAUCUUUCUUCCACCGAUAACUCUAUAUCUCAAGUUGUUCCCGCAGUUCAAGUGAUACGUGAUUUUGUAGAAAAUCAAGAAUUUGAAUAUCAAUCGAUCAUAAUGAGCUCAUUCGAUAAUAUUAUGGCACCACUUUUGAGCCAUUCGCAUCCGAAUCGAUACGACAUCGCGUGCUUUUUGGAUCCGAGAUAUUCUUUGCGUUUAAAUAUAUAUUCACUAAAAGAUUGGCAAAAAAUUGCAUGUGAUUUUGUCAAUUUGUGCUGCAAGGAUGAAAUUGUAUACGAAGCAGUAGAUGGCUACAGGUCUAACAUGAAAAAUGCGCGACUGGUCAAAUUCAGGAACGAAGUGAAUUUUUACUGUAGCACAGUUCAAGCUUCAAGACCACAUCUAAAAUCUGAUCUCAUGGAAUGGUGGGGAGUAUACGAAAGCAAUCUGAUCUUAAUGUUUCAAAAAGCGCUUCAUUUUCUUGGAACACCAGCGAUAUCUCUAGAUGCCAACAAAUACUUUGGAAAAGACGGAAAACACAUCAAUUUGUGUUAUCAACUAACUUACAAAGCUUUGGAAAACGCUCUUGCUGUUGCCGGCACAAUGGAAACAUAUGAAGGAGGCGGUAGAAGUACUAAAAUUAAAAAAUCUGCCCUAUUUCGUUAUUUUUCAACUAACAAGUUUAUCAGGCGAGCAGAAGAUGAUGAUGACUUAGAAAAAUAUAUGAUGGCUCAGCCGGCAGAAAAAACAAAGAAAACUGACGAAAAAGCGAUUAAUCAAAAUUUUUCGAUUGUUAACCACCAAGAAGGACAGACAUCAAUGGGGAACAAUUUAAUUAGAAAUGAAGUUAUAAAGCAGAAGACAGUGGAAGACGAUUCAAUUCCGGACAAAGUCAUAAAGCAAGAACCAGUAGAAGCAGCUCCGAUUCCCGAUAAAGUCAUUAAGCAGGAGCCAGUGGAAGAUCAUGAUAAUGCAGAAAAUGUAGCAAAGAAAAAGCAUGUGGAAACUUCUUCAAGUGCGGACAAAUUUAUCCAACCAGGCCAUAUUGAAAUUCCUUUGAUAGCAGACAAAGUCAUAAAGGAUGAACCAAUUGACGAAUACCCAACGACGGUGGAAGUGGAAAUAUCAAGCAAAGGACGAAGGGUCAGAGCUCCAAUUCUCGAGAAACUGGAAGAAACGAACGAGGAACCUUUAUCUGCAAGAAGUGCGCGAUGUAGGAAACCUCCGAAAAGACUCCAAGCGUAUGAGACAGUGCCUCAGCGAAAACAAACAGAGAAGCCAAAGACAAGAAGAGGACCUUACAAGAAAACAAUGGAAAAACCACCAAUGCUGGAAAAAAUGAUCGCAGAACAUUCAGUGGAGAAGUCGAAAGUUAUAAGAAAAAGGAGAAGUUGUCGAGAACCCGUGGAUCCACAUCCAGUACUUGAAAAUGACGUUAAAAAAGAACCAAUUGAAGGACCCCUGACCAAACGAAGAAAGAAAAAAAUCCAACUCCCUAUGUUGCAGGAUGUCAUAAAGUCCGAGCCGAUAGAAGAAACCAUUGUGCAGAAAAAUACGUCAACGCAAAACACUACCACCACUGAAAAAGCACCAGAUGGUCUUUUGGACACUUGGAAGCACAUAAUCGCAAUGGACAGCCUGAUUCCUAAAUCAGACCCCGAACAAACAAAUAAAUUAAAUCCUGAGUUGUACUAUGCACAAAAUGCACCACCGGGAACAAAAUUUAGCAUUCGUCCAGUUAUUGUAGAAAAAUUGCCACCAGAAACAACGAAAAUGUCACCAAGUACAAGUAAACCUGCAAAUUCGACAGUUAUGCCAAGGAUUCCCACUUUGAAUAUGUUUGAAGCGACACCAACAUCAGACGUAUUAAAAGAAAGAAUAGGAAAACUGUUGGCCAAGUUCUUCACAUCACAUGGAAUCACUCCAGAUGCAAUUGAAGAUCAAUCUUUAGAAGCUGUAUUUAAACUUCUCAACGCUGGAAAUUUGAUUCCAAACAAACAAGAACUUGAAGUAUAUAUAGAAAAAACGGCAACAUUAGAACAAUACCCUAUCAAUUUUGCAAGAAACGGUGGUUCUUUAACAGCUACAGUAGAUAUUCACAACUACGGAGAUGAUAACUAUAUGGCAUUCAGUGUCCAUUGCUUCGAUGAUAGUAAAAAAAGACGAAACCUUGUAUUUUUGAAGAAAAUGGCUUUGACAGAUAUGAGCCCUACUAAUAUUCUUAUGACGAUGAAGCAGUGCAUUUUGAAAUCCGCGCCGAAUAAAAUUCAUUUCGAAAACAUUGUCUGCCAAAAUGUUCAACUAUUUCAAAAAAUGAAACAUUUCAAAGAAAUUAAAGUGUAUUUGUGCUUUGUGACCAUUAUCGAGCGUUUUGUGAAGUUGAUUCUGACACUUCCAGUAUUCUCGAAAGUCAUUUCAACUUUGCGAUCGUUCAUUCUCUACGUUCGCAGAACUCCUGAGCUAUACAAUCGAUACUGUCGUUUACAAUUAGCGAAAAAUGGCGGAGCAUUAGAUCUGCCAAAUAUUCCUGAAGAUUAUGAUUGGCAACCCAUCGCGGUGUUUCUCGAAAAGUGCUUAGAAAAACAUCAAACUUUUUUGGAAUUGGCCGAAAAAUUCCAUUUGACUAAACAAUAUCUGAGUCCGCAAAUGCAUUUGAAUUUGGUUGAUCUUGGAAAAAUUCUUUCGAUGUUACGACGAUAUGUGCAUCAACUUUCGCAAACGGAUAGUUCGAUUUCUCAAAUUGUACCCGCCAUCACUUGCAUACAUUAUGUUCUUGAAACUCAUUUUCCCACACGCUACGAGUUUGAUUACAUGGCUGCUGAUGAUUUACAUCUGAAACCGUUUCUUAACAAUCGGCAAGACAGGAGAUAUGACUUCGCAACACUUUUGGAUCCCCGAUACGCCUAUUUGCAAUGUAUUUAUAAUUCAACGGAGUGGAACGGAAUCGAGUUUGAUUUCCUUAGCGCAUAUACUCGGGAAGAAGAUCUCACUGAUGAAGCAUUAGCUUCUGUUGAGCCUAAAUCAGUGAAGGAGAUGCAGGAAUGUCGCAACAAAAAAAUUCAAAGUGAAUUCGCAAGCUAUCGUUCGCUUGUCCUCUCGGGAAGACCAUGUUUCGACGUCAACGUGUUUGAUUGGUGGAGUUCAAGAUCUGAAGAGAUGCCCUAUCUAUAUCGAAAAUCAAAAGAACUCCUGGUUCCUCCAGCUUGCGCAAUUAGCGCUGGCCAUUAUUUUGCGCGUGGCGGAAAGUUUACACAUUUAUGUUCACAGGAUAUAAAGCUAGAAGCACUUGAAAAUACUCUAAAUUUGGCAGCAUCAAGAGAAAAAUUCUUCGGAAAAGGAUAUUCUAAAUCUUUAAAAACAAUGGAAUCACGAUUUGAAAACGAUUUUCAAGAUCCAAGGGACCCUUUGAAGUCUUUUGUUCUACAAAUGAAUGAAUCCUCAGCAGAAAGUCUCUCAAUCGAAAAUUUACUUAUGGCUGCACCACCAGAGAAAAAAGAAAAACUCUUGGAAGUCAAGGAAGAAGUUAUGGACGAUUUCGAAAAUUCUGUGGACAUUAAACCGAUAAUUGAGGCACCUGUCGUUGCAUUCACGGAUACUGUCGUGAAACAAGAAAUGGAAGAGUCAGAUCAAGAUCAAUCACCAGCGAGCAGUCAUGAUAAUCAUGCGACAUCAGAAGAACCUAGCGGAAAAGUUGCAUGGUUGCCGCGCCGCAAAUUCUAUGGAACCAAAAGAUGUUGUGUGUGCAGUCGAUCAAUGGAACCAGAUGUAAUGAAGCAAAUGACAGUUUAUUCUGAACGUGCACUAUUAUUCUUGGCUCACACGCUUGGCAGAAAUCCGGGGUCAGUUACUCACGUUGAUGAUUUCAAGGGUACCAUUUCAAGGUACUUCCAGAAAUACAAUCGGGAUGAAUUCAAAAAAUUACUCGCGGAAUACAAGCGUGAACAGGCGAAGGAAAAAGAGAAGUCUGGAUCAUGGUCACCUUCUCCAUCGCCACCGCCAAUACCAGUGCCUGUUAGCGAACCGAUUAAGACUGGAUUGCAAAAAGCUGAAGAAGCAUUGAUGCAAGAUGUUCGGAAAAAGUUUCCCAUCCCGCCUCCAUAUAUAAGCAAAGGAGCAAAAAGAGCGGCAGCCCCCAAUAUUAUUUCAGUGGCUUUAAAGCGUAAACAAACUCAUCCGGAAAAUUCCAUCGAAAGUAGUGCGGAUGAAACGGAAAAUCGACAUACCGGUUCUGUUCGACAAGAUUUUCUUGUUUGUGCCUACUGCUAUGAUAACGGAUGUCCUGAAGAGAUGACAGCAGUUGCGAAAGGAGCCCGACGACUCAGUGGCUGGAUUGAGGUUCUGGGACGUGAAUUCGAGAAAAAUGUUAGAAAUCGACCAGAUGCUGUCAUAUGCAAAAGUCAUUUUUCACUUGACGCUUUCAAUAAUUCCGGAAAACUGAAAAUUGGAUAUCUCCCAUGCAGAAAAAUCAACGUCAAAACGCUGUUUUCCUUUUUCAACAAGACUAAUGACAAAUAUCGAUGCACUUCAUGCAGUCGAUUCUUUCGAUGCGACUCGUCUCCGAGAAUCAUGGAGAAUCACUUGAGAUACGCUCAUUUGUUAUCAAAUAUUGAAAUGAACAAAGAAAAAAAUUUGGAUAAGGCUACGACAAGCAAAGCUGCGAUGAAACAACCAGUUGAAACAAAGCCAUGUAUUACUGCCGAACAGCAGAGCACGCUCUCUAGUUUUAUUUUUAACAACGUGGAAGAAAACACACCAAAGAUUGUCAGUGCAGAAGAAAGAAACAACACCCUCAUUGAGAAGUAUUACUACGAACAUAGGAAUGGAAAACAAUGUGUAAUCUGCAAACGAAUUUUCUAUAAGAAAUCGGAGCAUAUUUUGAUCAGUCACAUAACUGUUGCUCAUCCGCAUGUGGACGAACUGCGAAAGGAAACAGCGAAGCUGAAAAUACUCUCCGAAGAGAAAGAGAGUAGUGAUUACAUUUGGAACUUUUUCGAGGACAGAGAUAAUGUUUUCCAUUGUCUCUGCUGCGAUUUGAAGUUCGCAAAGCGUACUCAUGCGUCACUCGUGAAACAUCUAAUCAAUAUGCAUCCACAAGUUGCUCAUUCCGCAAAGAUUCGCGAACGAACUAUUGAUUACGAUUUAGGGAUUCGCCGUAUGCCAAUAUCUAAUCAGAGAGGGCGUGGAAAGCCAGUUCCGCCAGAGCAAACGUUGACAAUGUUUAUGAUGUGCAAUGGAAUACCCUAUGAUGCGGUCGAAGACCCUUCGUUUCAUACUAUACAGAACGCCUUGGUACGUACAAUGGAACAUACGAAACAAGUGUUCAUUGAAGCGAGUGUCGAGAGACUCAACACUGAGCUAGUGAAAAGUUAUUUCGCGUGUAUAAAAACUCCAAUAUGCGCAACCGUUGAUGUUUGUACCGACGAGCACGAAUCCUAUUUGGCGUUUUCACUUCAUCACUUUGAUGAUCAUUUUGAACGAAAAAAUCACGUCUUCUUUCAUAAGCUUGUGAAUCCAAGUCCGCAAAAGACCGAAAUCCUCAACGCGAUUUCCAAUAAAAUGAAGGAAUUUGGAUUUGGAGAGGCCACUGUUAAAACGUUGAUUUACUCUGGUCGUCUUGAGCACGUGCUUUCUGAUAUGGGUGAUGAACCAGCAAAAUACAUGAGUUUCUACACGAAUCUUGAAAACUUUUGCAAUAAGGUGAUCAAUAUUCAAAAUUUCCGCACGGCGUUCAACGUUUUUGACGCAUUUUUGACAAAUAUUCGUCAAACUGAAAAUAUGCCUGAGCGUUUCAACCUCAUGCAAUAUGGACGUGGGAAAUUUUUCGAUUUAACACUAUCAAAAAGUCAACAUUACAUGGAUGUGAAGGAGCUUCUGAAAAGGACGUUUGAGGAUCAGCAGAUUAUUCCUAUGUUGGAAUCAUUCUCACGACGUUGGAAAAUUUCCGGAUUUCCUGCUAAUCCAAUUCUCGAAAAUUUGCGAAUUCUUCAUCAGAUUUUGGAAACUGUAGGACGUUUCAUUCAAGCUAUUACGGGUCCUCAUAGCGCUAUAGCACUAGUCAUACCCGCAGUCAACAAAAUUAAGCAGAUGACAGUGUCAAUCAAUGCAUCGAAAUCUGUUAAGAAAGAAAUUGAACUAAUUAUUCGCCAAGAGUUCGACAACUAUAUUGAAAAUUUUUAUUACAAAUAUUACAAAUGUGCUACCAUGCUUGAUCCGAGAUUCUCGUGCACCAGUUUGUUUUCGAGUGACGAGUGGGACGGAAUUGAACGAAAAAUUAUAGAGGAAAUUGGAGCGUGCAAAGAAUCGUACCCGAAAAAUCCGAAUGGAACCCAAAGUGUGCCGUCAGAAUCGGAAGUUGACACCGUUUUCGAAUCUCUACGAAAUGAAUUCGAACAAUAUAAAAGCCUUAUUACCCAACAUCGGCCGACUUUGAGAACGCAAUCUUAUGAAUGGUGGCAUUCAUACCGAGCUGCGUUGCCACAACUCUAUAAGAAGGCUCGAGAAUAUUUGACAAUUCCGAUUACCACAAUCGACGCCGAUUUCUAUUUCGGACGACACGGAAAAUUUGCUCAUUUGGUUUCUCGUCUUACGUAUCACCAACUCCAAAGCGCAUUAAAUGUUGCUGCCGUGAAUGAGCCAUUCAGAGGAAAAGGUAACAUUGAAGCUCCUAAGAGUUAUCUGAAAAAGAAGGAGGAAAGCCCAUCCGAGCCACCAGCAAAACGUUCCAAAGAUGCAGCAAACCAGCCACCACCACUUCCGCCUUAUGUGUGCCAAACCACCCCAAAACAACAAAAUGGCAACGACAUUUUACCUCAUAGAAAUCCAAACCGACUAAUUCGAUGUAACACAUUAUCAGAAAGAGAUCAGGAUGAAGUGGAUCCCAUUGAGAAAAUGCUAAUGGAACCACCAUCAUUCCGUAGUUCUGCGCCAUUAUCUAACUUGACUAGCGUGAAGAACGAAAUGCCGGAGCUUUCAAACGAGAUGCCGUACAUUCUCAACGAGAAUUACAUUUCGCAUGAACAAUCAUAUGUUUCAAACGAAGGUUCAUUCGGCGCUCAGGCAGAUCCGUUUGAUGAUCAGGAACAAUGCUAUGAAGAUGUCAAACCGGAUAUCAACAUGCUUAAAAGCGCGAAUAUAAGUUCGCCCAAAAGCCCAGAUGCUAGUAUACCUAAAAGCACGGAUACGUGUGUGUUUAAUGACACGAAUGCUAGUGUGCUCAGCGAAACUGAUAUCAAACCCGAUGUGAAUACUCUAAAAUGUGUAAAAACUGAGAGAGAAGACAGUUAG